GGCGCUUCUGCGUUGAAAUGUCAAACUGACAUUUGAGCAAUUGAAGAACAGUCAUUCUCUUUGUGUUUAAUAAACUGAAAAUUUAAUAAAGAUAAUUUAUUGAACUUACCGAUAAGAUGCAAGAAUCUACAAGGCCUGAGUUAUAUGAAGAGGUGAAAUUAUAUAGAAAUGCUCGUGAGAGAGAGAAGCACGAUAAUAUGACAGAUUUGUAUGCUGUUAUUAGUACAAUGCAACAUUUAGAAAAGGCUUACAUAAGAGAUUGUGUUACACCUCAGGAAUAUACAGCAGCAUGUUCGAAGCUGCUAGUUCAAUAUCGGGCAGCAUUCAAACAAGUUCAAGGUGAUGACUUCCCUAACGUUGAAGCAUUUAUAAAUAAGUACAAGCUAGACUGUCCUGCAGCUUUAGAACGUAUUAAAGAAGAUCGACCAAUUACUAUCAAAGAUGAUAAAGGCAAUACAAGUAAAUGUAUUGCUGAUAUUGUUUCACUCUUUAUAACUCUGAUGGACAAAUUACGUUUACAAAUACGUGCUAUGGAUGAACUUCAUCCAGAUGUCAGAGACCUGGUAGAAACCAUGUCAAGAUUGAGUUUGUUACCUGCUGAUUUCGAAGGAAAACUAAAGAUUGGAUCUUGGCUAUCUCGAUUGAAUAAUAUGCAAGCCUCUGAUGAAUUGUCUGAUUCAGAAGUCAGACAGCUAUUAUUUGAUUUAGAAAGCUCAUAUGAUGCUUUUAAUAAAACUCUUCAUCAAACUUAGUUUUGAAAUAACAGUUAUAUAUAUGAUA